AUGUUGCCUCUAGUACAGAUGCACCGUAUGGUGCAACAACCGCCAAACUUCGAACCUCUCUUGACACUUCAGCAACAGCAACAACAGCAACAACAGCAACAACAGCAACAGCAGCAGCAACAGCAGCAACAGCAGCAGCAAAACCAUCUGCAAUGUCAACAUAACCAUUACCACCUCCAUCAAGCCGACGCCUAUCCUCAUGACCAUCACCUACACUGUUUGCCCGCCGAGCCCGCGAAUCCCGUGUACCCCGAAGGCAAAGCUCCGAUUUCGAUCCGUACUUCAUACCCGAGUCAACCGUUCCAUCAGCAACCCGCAACUGCUGCUGUCCAGUCUCACAUUUCCGACGGGCCCGAGCACCAGUUGCGACGCAAGACGCCGAACGGCACCAUUGACGCGGGCUAUGAUGGCUCUCCCACCCACUUCGCCUCCGGGCCACCCCCCCUAAAGCAGAUGAUAUUGUCCACCGCACCAACGGCCCACAGCGCGAAUCGCCAUCCCAGGCUGGCACAGGCAGCUCACACUCGCGUUCCCUUGAGUGCCAUACGGAAUCGGAUGAGUGAAGGCUUCGAUACGGUGCCUCCAGCCCUGCAGCCAUGGGCAGUAGGGCAGGAAAUGCCACGUCAGUUAUUCCUUACCGGUACUUCUUCCGGACCUUACGCUAUCUCGGAUGCUUCACGAUAUGGAUUCAAUACGCCGGAUAAUUCUGCGUUUCUCGGGUCUCCUUCCCAGCUUCGCCUAGGGCCUGGGGCGUUUAGUGCGGAAUCUCACUUUCCCGGGACCUUUCCUGCAGAUGAUGCCGGCGCCAUCGCACCUGAACUUUUGCAGUCUGUAAACCCUUGGUUCCCUACGUAUCAGCGGGGGCAGAGUUAUGUUGGCCCGCCAAUGCAUCAUACACCAUCGCCAUCACCGUCAAUGUACGAUCAUCGCUUCUCUAAUUUGCGGAAUCAGAUGCUCGGGCCAUCAUCUGGCUUCACUCCGCCGGAUCCCUACACUCGCCUUGGGACGUACGGUUCAUUCCUUCCACAGCAGGCGCAAUUCAAUCUAGAGGCUCUUACUCUAGAAUCGUAUCAAGUCGAUGGGACCGGCGGUGUACCUAACAAGCUAAGCCCGUCAGGAGGAUUCAGAGAAAAAGUACUUGCUCAAGCACAUCGGAGUUACGUCGACUUGCUGGCGUAUCUUCAUCAUGGUCGCAGAACUCAGCAGCUCAGGCCUGGCUCGGUCUUGAGCACUACGUCAAGAAUGGUGGUGUAUCCCAAACCGCCUAAACAGCCAAUUAUCACUUUGGCCCCAGACCUUUUCUUUCCCGGAGACGCCGUCAUGGUAGCCAACGCUAAUCUGAAAAGCAAUCAUGUAAACAUGCUGUUUGGGCCUUUGGGAAACAGAACCUCACUCUCAGCUCAACCAUUCGGAUGGGAUCCCGAUGUUGCGGAGUUCAGGUUUGGCGCCUUUCCUGUCGUUUGCUCAAGUGGCUCGUCCCCCAGUCAUCUUGCGAGGGGCUCACCUCUUGCAAAUGCCAAGAGCUCACUGGAAAUCCUAAGCCACUUAUGUGAACAAAGUGGCUGGAAGUGGAUUGACGGCAUCCUACUUGGAGGCUGCCUGCAUUAUGGCUUGGAGCACUUCGAGGAGGCCCUUGAGUGGUUUACCCGAAUUACUUCAUUAGAACCCUGUAAUGUGGAAGCUGUUUCCAACAUGGCAGCCACCCUCUACUGCCUCAACAGACAAGAUGAGGCCGAAAAAUGCUGGCUCGCGGCCAUCAAAACUCGACCUCAAUAUCUCGAAGCAGUAGAGCAUUUGGUUGGUCUUCUUUAUAAGAAGAAAAGUUCCAAUGCCGUCGAGGUUAUCAGCUUCAUGCAGAAGGCCUUGAGGCUGUCAGUGGAUCCAGUGGAGCACGUUGGAUACAGCUCUUCUACCUUGCAAGCAGACACACCGACCGACCUGGCGUCGAACUUGUUGAAUGACAACCGGUCUCAGCCUGGAUUCGGCUCGAGUGGUUACGCCAUUCCGGGCACCGAAAACGGUCGCAUCCUCGCCCUUGUCCAUGCCAAGGGGACCAUGCUAUACAGCCUGAAAGACAUCGCAGGAGCAUCCAAAGCCUUUGAAGAAGCCGUGCUGAUAAGCACAGGCAGACGAACGACGUCAGUCCAGACCCUAGUCCAGCAUAUUCAACAGGUCCUCGCGCCGAAUAGCGGUAUCCAGGGCGCCACCGACCCAGCAACACCGGCUCGCCCUUUGUUACUCGCUCCCGAGAAGGCGAGGCGCACUGCGAAACUGGUCUUCUCCAAUAACGGCGACCUCCCGGGCCUGCGAUUUGUGCCCGAGGGCGGUCCCAAAAGGGCCGCGAUCCAAACUACGAGCAACUCGCUGCUGUCGCUUGCCAAGAUCUUCCAGGAUGCCAUGUCGUCAGGGCCCCUGGCCACAGGCGUUGCCAGGAAGUCGGCCGGUGUUGGCGAUAUCCUGUGUCUCUAUUAUUUGUCGUUGUCCUUGCAGGAAAGCCCGUCUACAGCCAACAACGUGGGUAUCCUUCUCGCCAGCGUCCAACAACCCGCGACCGCCAACUCAUCUGGGAUGUCAUCGUCCCUGCCCAACAUUCCCGGCAUCCUGCCUGGCAGCGGCCUUGCUCUGGCCCUUGCGUACUACAACUAUGGUCUCACACUCGAUCCCAAGCAUGUUCAUCUACACACGAAUCUGGGCAGUCUUCUCAAGGAUAUCGGACAGUUGGAUCUUGCGAUUCAAAUGUACGAGCAGGCUGUGCAGUGCGAUGGCAACUUCGACAUUGCUUUGACAAAUCUCGCCAAUGCCGUGAAAGAUCGUGGACGUAUCAGCGACGCCAUUGCUUACUACAAACGGGCCGUUCGCUCCAAUCCCGAAUUUGCCGAAGCAGUAUGUGGGCUUUCCACGGCCUUGAAUUCAGUGUGCGACUGGAGGGGCCGCGGUGGUGCAUUGUUGCAGGGAGGCGGUUACGACCGCUGGCAUGUCGGCGAUGACGGCAUGAUAUUUGAUGCUACAAAAUAUGAUCAGGGAUCCGGUCUCACAAAAAAGGUUACUGACAUUGUGUCUCGCCAGCUCGCUGAUGCAUCGACCUGGGGAUUGGGAGUACUGCAAAAGAGUUACAUUGCGGUUUUGGCUGCACAACUUCGCAGAGCCGCCGGGCAGUCGGAAAACGCAGGCACUGACUUUGAUCUCAAGUUACGAAGCUGGUCCCAAACCCCCUGGGAAGGAUCGCGCUUGUUAAGACUUGUGGAGCGGGCUACGCGGGCGUCAAUGAGGCAGUGGUACUGUGACAAGUAUAUUCGUGGAUUGAAGACGACGUCCAAGUACGAACGGCCUCAGCUGCCGUCAAACCUCACGGUGCCGUCUGCCCCAACUGUUCUGCCUUUUCACACCUUCACGUGUCCUCUGACGGCCAAGGACAUACGCAUGAUAUCGCAGCGCAAUGCCCUUAGAAUUUCUUGCUCAACACUCCGCUCUGCAUGGCUGCCCAGUACGGUCUAUCCGCCACCCCCGCCGCCGUCGCCCUGUUUAAAUGUUGGCUACGUGUCCUCGGAUUUCAACAACCACCCCUUGGCUCACCUGAUGCAGUCUGUUUUUGGAUUUCAUGACCGGACUCGUAUUAUGGCAUUCUGCUACGCCACAACAGCUAGCGACAAAUCAGUUCAUCGAUUGCAAAUCGAGCGAGAGGCACCAGUGUUCCGCGAUGCAAGCACCUGGACUUCGGACAAGCUGGUUGAACAAAUUGUGCAAGACAACAUUCACAUUCUUGUCAACCUCAACGGCUACACUAGGGGUGCUCGAAACGAAAUCUUCGCUGCGAGACCGGCCCCGAUUCAGAUGUCUUUCAUGGGAUUUGCCGGUACUCUGGGCGCCGAAUGGUGUGACUAUUUGCUUGCCGACACCACUGCCAUCCCGCCGGAGACUUUGCGACCUUGGCGCGGCAACCUCGCCGUCAGUGAUGUGUUUGAGGACAAGACUGAAGAAGGUGAAGGAGACUGGAUAUACUCCGAGAACAUCAUCUACUGUAAAGAUACGUUCUUCUGCUGUGAUCACGCACAAUCAAGCGACCCCGAUGAGCACAAGGUGUCGUGGCAAGAUGAGCAGCAACGGCGUUGGAAGAUGCGCAAAGAGCUGUUUCCCGACUUGCCCGACGAUACUAUCAUUAUGGGAAAUUUCAAUCAGCUUUACAAGAUUGAUCCCACGACGUUUCGCACGUGGCUGCGGAUCCUUUCAAAGGUGGACAAGUCCAUUCUGUGGCUUUUGAGAUUUCCUGAGCUUGGAGAGACCAACCUUAGGAGAACAGCCAAAGCCUGGGCAGGAGAAGAGGUUGCCAGACGGAUCAUCUUUACCGACGUGGCGCCUAAGAACCAGCAUAUAUCGCGAGCCCGGGUCUGCGACCUGUUCCUCGACACCCCCGAAUGCAACGCACACACCACGGCUGCGGAUAUUUUAUGGUCCAGCACUCCACUUCUGACCCUACCUCGAUAUCCCUACAAGAUGUGCUCUCGUAUGGCAGCAUCCAUAUUAAAGGGCGCAUUACCUAAUGACGCCGAGGGGUUGAGGGCAGCAAAAGAUCUCAUCGCUGGCAGCGAAGACGAGUACGAAGAGUUCGCUGUCCGCCUGGCAAAGGGCCUGUCAUACUGCAUUAGCCCGGGCGGCUAUGGAGAGGGUCAUGGUCGUCUAGCAACCUUGCGAAAGUUGCUCUGGGAUAGCAAGUGGACUUGCGCCCUUUUUGACACCAGACGUUGGGUGGCUGACUUGGAAAGCGCCUAUAAUGAGGCUUGGCGACGCUGGGUGGCAGGUGAAGACGGAGACAUUUAUUUGUAG